GAGGCGAAGAGAUUUGGUGACGAAGAUUUGGCGAGAAUCUGAGACUCGCAAGCGCAGGAACGAGAAGGAAGGCGUGUGCUGCAGAUGGUGUCGGUCGGAGCUAUGGCGAUGACGCUCCCAGCGUUCGCGUGUUCGGGAUUACAAGGGAGUCGCCUCGGAGGCAGGAGCGAGUUGACAGGAGCGGCUGUGGAAUCUGGACAGAAAUUUGUUGCCGCGCGGAAAAGAGUUGCAGCUGUGGCCAGUCUCGGGUGGAAAUCGCCAUCCGAGCCUCGGGUGAACAUCGGUGCUCGACGCGAUGGAUUGUUUCAGCAGCAGCAGCAGCUCCCCGUGCUGUCCAGCGACGGACAUUUGAAGAAUUUGGAUUUUCGGUGUGGUUCGCUAGACAUUCGAGCUGCCAAGAAAGGAGCACCUCCACUUAUGCCUGCCGUCAUGACACCAUCUGGACCAACUGAUCUAUCUACCGUACUACUUAGAAACAGAAUUGUGUUUGUUGGGUCUCCUGUCAACUCUCAGGUUGCUCAGCGAGUCAUUUCGCAGUUGCUGACACUCGCAGCCAUUGAUGAAGAUGAGGAGAUCAAGAUGUACAUCAAUUGCCCCGGUGGCAGCACAUACUCUGUAUUAGCAAUAUAUGAUACAAUGGCUUGGAUCAAGCCCAAAAUCAGCACGGUUUGUUUUGGAAUAGCUGCUAGUCAAGGAGCUCUGCUGCUCGCUGGGGGUGAGAAGGGUAGGCGUUUUGCGAUGCCGAAUGCUCGUAUCAUGAUACACCAACCCCAAGGAGGUUGUGGGGGAACAGCCGAUGACGUGCGUCGCCAAGUAAAUGAAGUGAUGCAAUCUCGAGAUAAAAUCGACAAGAUGUAUUCUGCGUUCACCGGGCAACCGGUAGAAAGAGUGCAGAGUUUCACCGACCGUGACCGAUUUUUCUCUGCUGCGGAGGCUAUGGAGUUCGGGCUAAUUGACGGCCUUCUAGAAACAGAGUACUGAUGAGCAGCAGAGUUCCCUAUUCAGAUUUCUCCUCACCUUUGAAAUUCACACCACGUGAUUCGUGGCUGUUCUUUGUAACUCAGUUAAGUUGGCAUGCUAUCAAGGUUUCAAUCCAACAAGGUAGUUUUAGUAUGGUGACACCUAAUCGUUUCCAAUGCUCCAUAGAAUUGUCUCCGGGUGGACUUUGGUAAAGCUGGGGCUUAGCUGGCUCACAGUUCACUCUAAUGUACAUGGCUCUCGGAAAGAUGUUUUUUUCACUGCAAAAUUUGUAAGUAAAGAGCAAUCAUUCUUGC